UUCGUCAUAGGUACAAGGUAUUGUAGCUGAUGGUCUUUUUUUUCUUUCCUUUUUCUUGCUAUGAGGUAUUCUUCAGCAUUCCUUCGUACCUACUUACCUAUGUAACCUAAGGUAUGUGAUCAGCUGUAUCCUUAUCCCAUCUCUCUUCAGACAUAACUUCCUAUAUUCAUCUGACCUACAUCCCCACCUACAUAUUUCUCCUAAUAAGUUAAUAAUUCAAGCAUCCUAACCUAAUCAUCUCACACUUACCAUCCUUUCACCUACCUCAUCUCUGUUAAAUCCUAAUUGCUCUUGUCAGGAUUCACGCUAUUUAGCGCCUAUCAAAUCCACCCCGCAACCCAAUACCCUACACCCGGACCCUUCGCAUUUGUAUUUGCAUCUGUGACUGGUCAGAAGAGAAAGCAUGGUGGCAGCAGUAGAUACAUCAUAUUAUGACGCUCUCGGCGUCCAGCCAACAGCUACCGAGCUCGAGAUCAAGAAGGCAUAUCGCAAACUUGCCAUCGUCCAUCAUCCAGACAAGAACCCAAACGAUCCAACUGCCCACGAAAAGUUUCAGACCAUCGGCGAAGCCUAUCAGGUGCUUUCCGACCCCGACCUAAGGAAGGCAUACGAUAAAUAUGGAAAAGAUAGUGCUAGGCCCACCGAGGGCUUCGUCGACCCCGCCGAGUUCUUUAGUAGUAUUUUCGGCGGCGACGCCUUCGUCGACUGGAUUGGCGAGAUUAGUCUUAUGAAGGAUCUUACUACCACCAUGGACAUUACUAUGGCCGGUGAGGAAGAAGGAGAGGAGGCAGAAUUCCCCGGUACUGAGGAAGCCAUACGCGAGAGUGCAAAAACAACUAAUAUCGAUGCUACCGGUACUACUAGUGCGCCAGCGCCAGCCGUCGUCGUUGAAGAAGAGCCUGAAAAGCCAGCCGCCGAAGUACAUCACAACGUUUCUACGGAUAAGCCAUCGGUACCCUCACGCGGUGCUUCUCCAAGCCCUACUACUUCCGGUAUAGCGACUCCCCUCUCUGGUACAUCGACACCCUCGAGACAUGCCAUUCCCAUCCGGCCCGCGCUCAUGGACCGUCCGUCGGAUGAUGCACAGUUAGCGGGACAAACAGAAGAGGAGAGAGAACUACGCAAGAAGGAAAAAAAGAAGGGAUUAUCCAAAGAGCAACGGGACCAGCUGGUCGCCUUCGAGAGGGAGCGCGCCAAAAUUCGGCAAGAGCGUGUCGAUGCUCUCGCUUCAAAGCUUAUCGAUCGUAUAUCAGUAUGGACGGAGACAGAUAAAGGCCCUGAUGUCACCAAGGCCUUCCAAGACCAGAUUCGUCUCGAGGUGGAAAAUCUCAAGAUGGAGAGUUUCGGACUCGACAUUCUACAUGCCAUCGGCGCCGUAUACAUAUCGAAAGCUACAGCACUCCUCAAGUCACAGAAGUUCCUCGGCAUCGGGGGCUUCUUUAGCCGUAUGAAGGACAAGGGAACACUUGUCAAGGAGACCUGGAACACCAUAUCGUCGGCCAUCGACGCUCAGCAAACCAUGGAGGAAAUGGCGCGUAUGGAGCAGGCUGGUGGCGAGGACUGGACCGACGAGAAGAAGGUCGAGUACGAGCGUAGAGUUACUGGGAAGAUCCUCACGGCUGUCUGGCGCGGUAGCAAGUUUGAGAUCCAGAGUGUGCUACGUGAGGUCUGCGACAGUGUUCUCUAUGAUAAGAAGGUACCCCUAAAUAAGCGUUUAGAGCGAGCAGAGGCGCUUAUUAUUAUCGCGGAUAUUUGUCAGAAGGCCCAGAGAACGGAGGAGGAAGGCGAGUAUAUGGCAUUUGAGCAACUGGUAGCCGAAGCAGCUAUCAAGAAGGAAAAAGAAAAGGAUUCAAAGAAGAAGGGGAAAGACAAAGAUAGCAAGAAGGUCGAUGCACACAAGGAAUAGUCGUAAUAAACCCGUCUUAUUUAGGGGUACGGACUCUAGAGACACCCUUUAUUGGAAGCGACUAGGGGUAUAUUCAAAAGUUCAUGGUUCCUGCAUGAUACCCUUGAAACAAAGAUUUAAAUCAGUCUGCAUCAACCCGGCCACGCUAUCCAGUUGACGUCGGAAUUAAACAGGAGGCAGAAAAUCUGGGGGAACUCAAGCUCUCUAGCAGCUUAGGAAGUUCAGCGGGGGAGGACGGAUAAGCUGAUCCGGGAAGGAGAUGGAAGAUAUCAUAGGCAGCUCUUACGCUUCAUAGACUGGUUUUAGGGAGUCUUUGGCCAGGAUGGGAUAAAAAGCUCCCCCUAAUAUUACGAAUGCAUGCACGCGUCUCUGUGAAUGGAGAUAUAACCCACUCUACCC